CCUGCAGAUUCAGAGCCGUUUGGGAGGCGUAGUGGAGCAAAGGCAAAAGGGGAGCGGGGUAAAUGAAAACACUUCACCUGGCCUUUUUCUCUGGGAUUUAGCAGCCAGCGAAAAUCGCCUGACGCCACCCAGGGCAAUGUUCCGGAGGCAUUUUUGAUCUGUCGUCGAGGUAACCUUUUGAGAAGAGGCUCCUCACCCAAGUGAAGGAGAUCGCGGGCUUCGGAGCUGCUGCUCUCUUUUUGAGACGCUGACUGUCUUCCUCUUGCCCACUAUGACGGACGUGGUGAUCGUGAAGGAGGGAUGGCUCCACAAACGAGGAGAGUACAUCAAGACUUGGAGGCCGCGGUAUUUCUUGCUGAAGAAUGACGGUACGUUUAUUGGUUAUAAGGAGCGGCCACAGGACGUGGACCAGCUGGAGACGCCGCUUAACAACUUCUCCGUGGCACAAUGUCAGCUGAUGAAGACGGAGAGGCCGAAGCCCAACACAUUCAUCAUCCGCUGCCUGCAGUGGACCACUGUCAUCGAGCGCACGUUCCAUGUGGAGACCCCUGAGGAACGGGAGGAAUGGACUAAAGCUAUCCAGGCUGUGGCUGACAGUCUGCAAAAACAGGAAGAGGAGAUGAUGGACUCUUCUCCUGACCCAAUGGACAUGGAGAUGUAUCUAACCAAACCUCGACUCAAAGUGACUAUGCAUGACUUUGAAUACCUCAAACUCCUUGGGAAAGGCACUUUCGGCAAAGUCAUCCUGGUGAAGGAGAAGGCCACAGGAAAAUAUUACGCCAUGAAAAUCCUCAAGAAGGAAGUCAUAGUAGCGAAAGAUGAAGUGGCUCACACACUUACGGAAAACCGCGUCCUCCAGAAUUCUAAGCACCCUUUCUUGACGGGGCUGAAAUACUCGUUCCAAACACACGACCGCUUGUGCUUUGUCAUGGAGUACGCAAACGGAGGAGAGCUUUUCUUCCACUUGUCACGGGACCGGGUGUUCUCUGAGGAUCGGGCCCGCUUCUAUGGAGCAGAAAUCGUUUCUGCUCUCGACUAUCUGCACUCGGAGAGGAACGUCGUUUACCGUGACCUGAAGCUGGAAAAUCUGAUGCUGGACAAAGACGGCCAUAUAAAGAUCACCGACUUUGGGCUUUGUAAAGAGGGCAUAACGGACGGAGCCACUAUGAAGACCUUUUGCGGCACCCCAGAGUAUCUGGCUCCUGAGGUGCUGGAGGACAACGAUUACGGCCGUGCUGUAGACUGGUGGGGCCUGGGCGUGGUCAUGUAUGAGAUGAUGUGUGGCCGCUUGCCCUUCUAUAACCAGGACCACGAGCGCCUGUUCGAGCUCAUCCUAAUGGAGGACAUCCGCUUCCCCCGUACGCUCGCCCCUGAGGCCAAAUCACUGCUCUCUGGCCUUCUCAAGAAAGAUCCCAGACAGCGGUUAGGAGGUGGGCCUGAUGAUGCGAAAGAAAUCAUGCAGCACAAGUUUUUCGCUGGAAUCGUGUGGCAAGAUGUUUAUGAGAAAAAGCUGAUCCCUCCGUUUAAGCCCCAGGUUACCUCAGAAACGGAUACAAGAUAUUUUGAUGAGGAGUUUACUGCACAGACCAUCACUAUCACACCACCAGGAGAAGAUGAUAACAUGGAGCCGUUCGACAGCGAGAGGAGACCCCACUUCCCCAAGUUCUCCUACUCUGCCAGCGGAACCUGUUAAACAACGUAUUGUCCCCGUUCCAGCCACCGCACCACUGAGUCCAGCGCCCUCUACCGGGUGCUUCGGGUAGCUGUUGCUCUUUUGCACCACUGACCAAGGACACAUCAUUAUCCCCAACAACACACGGACCAGCCUACACGUACAGGCCGACCUUCUCUUGGAUUUCAUCCGCCUCAGACCGUGGGCCUUUCGUUGUUUUGUUUGCUUUACAUUUCAAAAUCUUAUAAAUGAUACACUUCCACCAAUUUUAUAUUUCCUUUGUGGCCUUCUAAUGAUUUUUUAUUUAUUUUAUUUUUUACUGAGGAUGUGAGAAGAAACACACACACACACACACACACACACACACACAUCAGCUGACAGGUUUUAUAUCACUUCAUAAACCAAGUCAGAUAUUUAAAGUAGAUUUCCUAAAAUGCCAAAUAUAUUUGUUUUUCUUAUGUUCAACAGAAGACCAAUUAUUUGGACCAACUGAAACCUUUUUACAUUUUUAUACACUGAAAGACUUUAAAAAAAAGAAAAAAGAAAAGAACGUUCUGGGGGGAAAAAAUGUAACGCAACAUUUCAAUUCGGCAGAAUCUCAUGUGUAUAAAGAUCAGUUUACUUCGGCCCACCUGCUUUAGAAAAAAAAAAUUACCCUGCAUUCGUAAUCUUUUGUACUGAAUAUGCAAUACAGUAGCAGAAUGAUAGAUCAAUUCUAGUUCCUCGUUUAAUUUAAAGCAAAGCCAAUUCAGUCUUUAGAAACUGAUUUAUUUUUUUCCUUCUUUUUUUUUCAGUCCUCAAAGUGGUCAGGAGUCAUUCUCAUUUUUCUACAGUAAAAAUGCACAGAUAUAUCCAACUCUUCUGGACUUGAACAUUAUUCCACAUGCCGUGUAUCUUAUAAUCUUGUUGUCUGGGUACUCCUCUUCCAUUCUCCUGUCUCUUUGUCUUUUUUAUGGUUGUUUUCUGUAUUAAGUGCAUUAUUCGCAGUGCACGUUGCACAGCCUCAGUGAGGUACUACAACUAGAACUACUCUAACUUUUGGGUCUUUCUUACAACUUCGGCUUUGAAUCCAUGGACCCGAGUGGCAGAACCAGUUUGCGACCUUUUGGACUGUCUUUUUUUUUUUUUUUUUUUCCCAAUCUGGAUGUGUUCAAUAUUUAUAUAUAUUAACAAAAACCAGCAGAUUGACUGUGCGGGACAAGUGCUCUUCCCUACUUUAAAUGUUAUGUUUGUACAUUUCGGCAUUACUAUCACCGUAGAGGAGCUACCCAUAAAACUAAACGUAUCGUGGUGCUUUAGCUCGCAAAGUCAGCCGUUGUUUACAGACUAAAGCCACCGAGAGUAUUCGAGCCUAUGUAGUGGCUCGGAUUUAUUUGAUUAAUGCGUUCGAGGCAUUUCCAACAAUAAACGCAGGCACAGUCGGGUUUUUAUGAUUUUACUGGCUCUCGCACUUAAAAUGCUGAUCGAGAAAGAACGAGAGAAAAUGAGCUAUAGUUGAAACAUGGUUAUGAGUGUAAUUUAAUUUGAUUCAUGAAGUUUAUAAUAAUAAAAGAAAGAAAAAAAUCUUUACCCGGAGCUCCUUUACGCUUAAAGGUGGCAUGAACCAGCACAUCUCCCCACGAAUCUAGUGCAAGGUGUAAAUACCAUGAAAAUGUUUUCUGAUACAAUCCAGUACAUUGCAUGUACAGAUAAUGAAAUGAGACUUGUACAGUUAUACAAUCUGUUAAGCUAAGCAUCAUGAACAUGUUUUUGAAAGUGACUUUUUUUUUUUAUUGUCACAAUUUUUAAAGUGCAUUACUUUGAUCAGUGUUCAGACGUCACGUAGUAAUCAUCAGGCUAAACUUCAACAUGAGUAAAUGAAUGUAAAUGCUUUUUUUUCCCCCUUUUCACUUUUUUACUUCAGUUUUUUUCCACCCUGUUUAAAGAAGCGAUAAGUGACCUUGUUGUAUAAUCGGUCCAUAUGCCUGUUUUACCAGGAUAUAAAAAUUGGCAUGUGACCAGACCACAAAAAGGAAAAAAAAAAAAGUCAUAUUGUUUAUUCCCACUUUAUAACAUUCCACACUUAUGUAUUAUGAACAAAUCUACUUAUUGCUUCAAGACCCAGUUGUUACAUAUGCAUAUGUUUUCUCAUACUGUUUAACUUUUUUUUUCUUUAAUGGGGAGAUAUUUUGCUUUUUAGCUGCCUUUCCUCAACUCUCGAAAGACACAAACUUUAGUAUAUGAAUAAUAUAAACUUUGUACGCAUAUCUGUUUAUACAGCUGAUUUUUUUUUUUCUGUGGAAUUGAGCAAAUAAAAAAAAAAGUUUGG